GUAGUAAGCAAUCAUGCCUUGGACUUGUGCUGCAUUCAAUUGCAAGGCUCGAUAUAAGAAAGGCGAAAAUUUGAAAUUUCAUUCCUUUCCGAAGGAUGAAAUAUUAAGGAAAAAAUGGACUUUAGCUUUGAGGAGAAUAAAUUUUAACCCGUCAGCUAGUUCAGCUAGCUCCGACAGGACCUAGACAAUAAAAUCACGAACUAGAGGGAAGAACUUCAGCAUACAUCAGAGCUCAAUCCUGUUGAUAUUUCUGAAAUCCAGGAUGAGUGAAUGUUUUCCUUAGCGGAGAGUGUGAAAGCAUACAGAAGGUUUUUCUUCUGAGCUGGAAAUCAUUUGUACACCCAAUUAGACAAACGGCCUUUUUACUAAUUUUGGAAAUAAUUAGUUUAUUUUCAGAAGUAAGUUUUUUACUGUUUUUAUAGAGAAAAAUUAAAAUAAUUUUAUGCCAGGCCAAGAAGAAGGCUACAAGGCCGAGUAUUGACGGUA